GCAGGACCACAAAGAAAAACUUGAUUUCCCCCUCUUCAGCUCUUAUAUAGCUCCCAGGAUGUGCAGAAGGGCUCCAUUAGAGAUACCAUAGACGCUGAAGAUGUUUGGGACACUUCCCGAAUCAAAAAUGGGCUUGCUCAGGCAGAGAAAACUGCUUUCCUCACCCCCAGGGGAGGAGAUAAAAUCCUCCCACAAGAGAAAAUGCCUUUCAGGGCACUGAUGAGGGAGGGGCCAGGGUUGGGCACAGACAAAAACCUUCCCAGCCUUUCCUUGUUUCCUUGUAACAUUCAGGGUGUAAGUCACAUGUUUUGCCCCUACAUUCUCAUGUCUCCCUUGCAGUCUUAACUUGUUCAUCCCUCUCCUCUCUCAUUCCUCACUUCUAUUUUUUUAAUUUUUUUAAAAUUGUUUAUUUUUGAGAGAGACAAAGUGUGCAAACGGGUAGAGUUCAGAGAGAGGGAGACACAGAAUCUGAAGCAGGCUCCAGGCUGUCAACACAGAGCCAGUUGUGGGGCACAAAUUCACGAACCUGGAGAUCGUGACCUGAGCCAAAGCCCAACGCUUAACUGAGGCACCCAGGCGCCCCUCAGUCCUCACUUUUUGACAUACCUGCCCUGUUCUGUCUUGGUUUCACUUGUCCUGACCUCAGCUGAACCCUCUCUUGCCCCUCUUUUUUUUUUUUUUUUUUCUUUUUUGAGAGAGAGAGGGAGACACAGAAUCUGAAGCAGGCUCUAGGCUCCCCAGCUGACGCGGGGCCCGAACUCAGGAGCCAUGAGAUAGAUCAUGACCUGAGCCGAAGUGGGACGCUUGGUUUAACUGACUGAGCCACCCAGGUGCGCCCCCUCCCCCUCUUUCAAAAGCUAACCUGAACACCGCCUCACCUGCUGGCUUACGGGUCUCCUUCGCACCCUCAAUAGGGGCUCAUUUAUCCUCCAGUCUCAAUUCUCCUAUGCCCUGUCACUUGUGUGGCCUCUACCGCUCUGCUUUCAUCUGCUUGAUGAAACUUGACGCACACCCGCCCCGCCCCCUCAGUCUCAUUUUCCUCCCAGAUGCCCGCGGGCUCUCCAGGAGGCGGGACCUCGCUGGAGGUGGGGGAAAGGGGAACUUCAGUCCAACCAGAAAGGACCCAGGAGUUUUGAUGCGAAAAGGGCGGUAUCCUCUUGUAGAAGGUGCCAAUAAAGAGCCGAGAUAGAAGAGGGUCAGCUGAACCAAUGAGACGAGGACAUAGGAUGGGCGGGUGAUCUGGAAAGCAGGAUCAAUGAAGAUGAGGGCGGGUCUGGUAACGGGAAUAAGCCGAUGAGGCUCUGUAGAGCCAUCAAGAGACUGAGCCAGCCGCCUGUUCCCGACUAAAUCUGGAAAUCCCAAGGCCGCGGUCUUAGAUUCACUGUUCGGGAGCGGACGAGGAAAGCCCCGGCUCCGGCCAGCCCCUCGCUUGUCCCAGCUCCACCCAAGAGGCCCGGAAGCGGAAGUGAGGGACACGGAAGUGGCCUGCUGUUGCCGAGGGGACGGACCAGGCAGAUGCCAACAUGGCAGCGGUUGGGUCUGGCGGUUCCACCGCGGCGGCAGGACCUGGGGCGGUCUCCGCGGGGGCGUUGGAGCCUGGGACAGCGAGUGCGGCUCACCGGCGCCUCAAAUACAUAUCCCUAGCUGUGCUGGUGGUCCAGAAUGCCUCCCUCAUCCUCAGCAUCCGUUAUGCCCGCACACUGCCUGGGGACCGCUUCUUUGCCACCACUGCUGUGGUCAUGGCCGAAGUGCUCAAAGGUCUCACCUGCCUGCUGCUGCUCUUCGCACAAAAGAGGGGUAACGUGAAGCACCUGGCUCUCUUCCUCCACGAGGCUGUCCUGGUGCAGUAUGUGGACACACUCAAGCUUGCAGUGCCGUCUCUCAUCUACACCUUGCAGAAUAACCUCCAGUAUGUUGCCAUCUCCAACCUGCCAGCUGCCACUUUCCAGGUGACGUACCAGCUGAAGAUCCUGACCACAGCACUGUUCUCCGUGCUCAUGCUGAACCGCAGCCUUUCCCGGCUACAGUGGGCCUCCCUGCUGCUCCUCUUCACUGGCGUCGCCAUCGUCCAGGCACAGCAAGCCGGUGGUGGGGGCCCUCGGCCGCUGGAUCAGAACCCUGGGGCGGGCCUAGCAGCUGUAGUGGCCUCGUGUCUGUCCUCGGGAUUCGCAGGUGUCUACUUCGAGAAGAUCCUCAAGGGCAGCUCAGGCUCAGUGUGGCUGCGCAACCUGCAGCUGGGCCUCUUCGGCACAGCCCUGGGCCUGGUGGGGCUCUGGUGGGCUGAGGGCACUGCCGUGGCCCGCCGUGGCUUCUUUUUCGGGUACACACCUGCUGUCUGGGGCGUGGUGCUCAACCAGGCCUUUGGCGGGCUGCUGGUGGCUGUUGUCGUCAAGUAUGCCGACAACAUCCUCAAGGGCUUUGCCACCUCCCUGUCCAUCGUGCUGUCCACUGUUGCCUCCAUCCGCCUUUUUGGCUUCCAUGUGGACCCGUUGUUUGCCCUUGGCGCUGGGCUGGUCAUCGGUGCCGUCUACCUCUACAGCCUUCCCCGAGGUGCAGCCAAAGCCAUAGCUUCCACCUCUGCCUCCACUUCCACCUCCGGGCCCUGCACUCACCAGCAGCCUCCAGGGCAGCCGCCGCCACCGAAGCUGUCUUCCCAUCGUGGAGACCUCAGCACGGAGCCCUUUCUGCCAAAGUUGCUCACCAAGGUGAAGGGUUCGUAGCUGCUGGGAUUGAAGACGCUGGCCUCGUUCUCCCUUCUUGCCCUGGCCCGGCCAGGACCAAACUCUGAUCAGUAUUAGCGGUGGGGGGAGGUAGACACUGAACCCUCCAUGGCCCCACCCCCCACCCCCACGCAAGGCUAACACAGCCAAACUCUGGUAAUGAGGGCACGGAAGGAACCCACCCCUGCCUCCGGCCCCAUCCCCACCCCCCUAUCCCUGCCACUCCCGCACUUUCUUAGGUGAGUUUUUACAAAUAAAAUGUGUUUUGCAUCUUGC